UUCCUAGCACUUAGUUUUACAGGCCCAUUUUGGCUUUGACAGCUACUUUAAGCAAAAAAAGAUCUGGACCAGGACCAAAAAAGUAGACUGAUGACAAAGUUUUCAAUUAGCUGAGGUUCAUAGGGGAGCAUUUAGCAGCUAAAGAGCCAGAUUAUCCUGUGGACAGAAACAUGACUCCAAACGAAUGCCAACAAUUCUCCAUGCCUGUUGGAUGUGUUAUUAUUUUUAUUGCAAUGUCAGGGCUGUCUCAGUCCUGUCAGGGUCGCUGUAGUGAGACAUUCAGGCGCGGUCGGCUGUGUGAAUGUGAUUCACAGUGCAUCCAAUACAACACCUGUUGUCAGGACUUCCAGCUACACUGCGAUGCCAGUGUGUCAGUUUCACGCCCCAUGACUUUCCAGCCUCUGAGGGCUGCAGCUUCAGGAAAACGGAAAUCGGAGAAGAACAAGAAAAGGUCUAACAGUGAGAGCGAGGAACGCUACACAGCAAGGGGUCCCUGCCCACAGUACCCCGGGGGUCAGUGUCCAGGUGCAUUAAACCUCCUCAACCCACUCACUGCCGGCUCCUCUGGCCCCACCCCUCCAGUUGUACCAACCAACUCACGACAACAUGGUGUGAAUAACAUCCCCGUCGGUUUACUGCCGAUGUCCAGCGCUUCCUCUCAUGGUGGAGCUCCAGACUCACCAGCACCCGGCUCCUCUCUGCCCAGCGCCAGUGCUCUGCCUCUGGGCAGCAGUGCCUCUGGUCUUGGAGCUGAUGGUGGGAAAGUGAAUGUCCACCUUGUGCUGUCUCCUGAGGUGGUGGCUCCAUCUGGGCCAAGUCAAGUUCUCAGUGGCCUGGCAGGCUCCAGGCCCAGACCCAGCACCCUGCAGGACGUAGCCCAAGACUUAGGUCUCUCUUUGGGGGAAGGAGGUUCUGAGGUACCAGGGACAGGACUCUAUGCUGAUGUCGACCUGUGCAGUGAUUCCCCGAUCAAUGGACUGACAGCUCUCAUCAACGGGACCAUACUGAUAUUUAAAGGUGAGCUGUUCUGGUCCGUGGACCCUGCCAGUCGCUCAGUUGGUCAUCCACAGAGUAUCACAGACACUCUGGGUGUCUUGUCCCCCAUCGAUACCGUCUUCACACGAUGCAACUGCCACGGAAACACCUACAUCAUCAAGGGAGACCAGUACUGGCGUCUAGAUGGGAACAUGGUGAUGGAGCCAGGCUACCCCAAACCUCUGGCCUCUGAGUUCCCAGGUCUGACAGGAGGCAUCAGUGCUGCACUGGCAGUACCAGCCACCAGGAGCAGACCAGAGACUGUUUACUUCUUUAAAAACGGAGACGUCAUGCAGAGGUUCACCUUCCCAUCAGGCAGCACUCUCUCCUGCGGCAAAAAACCAAGGAGCUCCUUGACGGGACGUUUCGCUCACCAGGCUGAAGUUCUUCUAAGUGGCGAGAUCAACCUCAAAGUGUCUCUGAAGGGAUUCCCUACCCCGGUCACCUCUGCUCUGUCCAUGCCCAGCCCCCAGAGGAACGACCGAUACGAGCACUACGUCUUCUCUGGACCUCUCUUCUUCAGCAUCCAGAUUUCAGGUGACCUGCCAGCACUGGCCAAACCGGACCCAUCUGCAGCCCUUGCACCUCUACCCAUCCUCAGCCCUGCUGCUGUGAUAACCAACUCUGCCAACAUGGCACCUCCGCACGCAAACCCUCCCCGCCCAGCAAACUCCAUCAGAGUCUGGCUGCGCUGUCCCUAG